AUGGUAGCGCUUGACUGGCACGCCAUUUCCCACUUUCACUUCUGGUCCAACCAGGGAUUCCCAGUGAUCUUUUGGGACAUGAGUGUCCAUGUGAAAGGUGUUGAUACUAGUGUCUGCAAUUUUCUGCGCUCCUCAUUGUCAAUAACACCACUAGGCCCAGCGUUGUGUAUUGGAAAUGGUGAAACUGGAUUCUCCAGUUCUGAGGGUUCUGCAGUCGAGUUCUGGGUAGGAAUGUACGGUAAUGGAGGCGAGUCACGAAUCCUACUAGAGUUGGAGCUGUUAGCACACGAGGGUCAAGUCGAAUUCUAUCAGCGCCCCCCACUCAGAACUACCUCGGGACGGCUUAUGCCCUUCUAA